AUGUAUNCCGAUGGGAAUACAUUAACUUCUGGUAGUGGUGAUUACUCUAUCCGUCUCUGGGAUGUCACAACAGGAUAAUAAAAAGCUAAAUUAGAUGGUCAUACAAACACUGUCUACUCAGUCUGUUUCUCUCCUGAUGGAAAUACAUUAGCAUCAUGUAGUGAUGAUAUGGAAAUUCGUCUAUGGGAAAUAAAGAGAGAAUAAGAAAUGAAUUCCUGUGAUAAAAUUUACAAUAAUAUGUUCAUAAAUAUUAGGACUGCACUACAAUAAAUUACCCCUUAUUCAGAAGGUAGUAUGAUUUUUUCUAUAUUUUUAGUCUCUAAUUAUAUAACUACAGUCCUUAUAUCCUAAAAGUCAAUAUUUUAAUCUAAAGGAGCUUUAAUACUGAAUGGAGAGUUUAUAAAUCAGUCAGGCAUUGAUUUAAAAACAUUAUUUCAAAAAAAAGGAAGUUAUUUUUUGGAAAGCUUAUCUAAAAAUUUAAUUUGA